AAUAAAUAAAAUACAUCUUGUUAAUACAAGUCCAUUUAUUUCAUAAAUCUAUCAAAUACAUAAAACACGUUCUAAAAAUGCAUUAUAAUUUUGGUUUUAUAAAAUAUUUCUUUGUACUGCAUGUAGUACCUACAAUAUUAUAUGAUUAUAUAAAUGUAUAUAAUUUUGCAACACCCUGAUAUGAUUAGUACCCUUUUUUCAUGAAAUGAGACAAUCUAACAAGCUGUUUGGAGUUAUGUUAUUCGAUUUUCACAUCUAUGGAAGUAAUCAUAAGAUACAA